AUGUUCGUAGCAUCAUGGAUCUGGGGAGCAGUGAUAAUACUCUGUUGUGGGUUUUGGUUUCUUCUAGGGAGGAGGAGGAGGCGACGAGGUGAGCCACCACUUGAAAAUGGGCUCCUCCCAUACCUGGGCUGUGCCUUGCAGUUCAGUGCCAACCCCCUUGAAUUCCUCAGAGAAAAGCAGAAGAAGCAUGGCCACAUUUUCACUUGCCGAGUAGCGGGGAAAUACAUUCAUUUCCUCACUGACCCUUUUUCAUACCAUGCAUUGAUACGCCAGGGAAAACACUUGGACUGGAAAAAGUUCCAUUUUGCUACUUCUGCCAAGGCUUUUGGGCAUGGUAGCAUUGACCCAGCAGAGGGAAACACCACUGAAAAUUUUCAUCAGACUUUCAUUAGAACCCUUCAAGGUAAUGCCCUAGAUGCCCUCAUUGAAGCAAUGAUGGAAAACCUACAAUACGUCAUGCUGCUGUCAAGAACAUCUAAACUUCAGUCUAACGCUUGGGUGACAGAAGGACUUUACACAUUCUGUUGCCAGGUGAUGUUUGAGUCUGGCUUUUUAACACUUUUUGGUAAAGAAUUAAAUUCAAAUCACGACAAAAAUCUAUCAUCAAAGCAGGAAACUGAGAGAGCUCAUAUCCUAAAUGCCCUCGAAAACUUCAAGGAAUUUGAUAGGAUCUUUCCAGCCCUCGUGGCGGGGCUGCCUAUCCACCUCUUCAAGAGUGCCCACAGCGCACGUGAGAAGCUGGGAGAGGCACUCCUCCACAAGAACCUCCUGAAGAGGGACAACCUCUCUGAGAUUGUCACCCUCCGCAUGUUCCUGAAUGACACUCUGUCAACCUUCGAUGACACGGAAAAAGCGAAGACCCACGUGGCGCUGCUCUGGGCCUCACAAGCGAACACCAUUCCUGCCACAUUUUGGAGCUUGUUUUAUCUUCUUAAGAGUCCAGAAGCAAUGACAGCUGCUACCAAAGAAGUGCAAAGUAUUUUGGAAAGUGCUGGAGAGAAGAUCAGCUUAGAUGGCAAACGUAUUUCCUUGAACCGAAAACAGCUGGAUAAUAUGCCAGUACUAGACAGCAUCAUCAAGGAGGCAAUGAGGCUAUCGAGUGCAUCCAUGACUUUCCGAGUUGCCAAGGAGGAUUUCACUUUGCACUUAGAGAACGAUUUUUACAACAUUCGCAGUGAUGAUAUUGUAGCUCUUUAUCCUCAACUGUUGCAUUUUGAUCCAGAAAUCUAUGCUGAUCCUUUGACAUUCAAAUAUGAUCGCUUUCUCAAUGAGAACGGAGAAGAAAAGACUGACUUCUACCGCAACGGUCGCAAGUUAAAGUAUUAUUAUAUGCCAUUUGGGACAGGUAUAGCAAAAUGCCCUGGCAGGUUAUUUGCUGUGCAUGAAAUUAAACAAUUUUUGGUUUUGAUUUUUUCAUAUUUUGAGAUAGAGCUUGUGGACAGUAAUGUGCAAUGUCCUUCUUUAGAUCAAUCCCGUGCAGGACUGGGUAUUUUGCAACCAGCCAAUGACAUUGAUUUCAGGUAUAGACUGAAAUGUCUAUAA